GUCCUUCCCGCCAGCAGCAGCGGGGGGCGCAGUACAUCGUGGAGCUGCGCGGCGCCCCCCUCGCCACGUACCGCGGACACCUCCCCGGCUUCCCCGCCACCGCGCCCAGGGACGAGGGGGUCGACCCGCACUCCGCCUCCCCCUUCCCCUCGACUCAGGGGGACCUGCCCCAGGGCGACCUGCCCAAGAGGGAGCAGAAGCAGCAGCAGCAAUGGCGGCAGCGGCGGCGGGGAAUAGACAUGAGGGCGGGGCACGUGAGGGCGCUGAGGCGGGCGCUGCAGCGGCAGCAGGAGCAGGUGGCGGCGGACGCGGGGGUGGCAGCAGCGGCCGUGCUGCUGCACGUGCACACCGUGGCGCACGCCUUCGCCGCUGCCCUGUCCCCCCGGCAGGUGUGGCGCCUCAAGAGGCACCCCGCCGUGGCCUCCGUGCGCCGCACCCGCGUCUUCCGAGCAACCCCUGGCACCACCGCGCCUCUCUGGCGCGCUCGCCCCACCCCUGCGUCCAACGCGUCUGCCUCCGCGCGCACGUACGAUGCAGACGCCGCCUCCUUCAUGGGGCUGCCAGGGUCGCUGUGGCAGCAGGCGGGCGGGCAGGGCAGCGCGGGCGCGGAUGUGGUGGUGGGGGUGGUGGGGUCGGGCAUCUGGCCCGAGCACCCCGCAUUCGAUGCCUCC